CACCUACAACACUGCAGAACAGCCCAUUUGAGAAGGAUCCAUCUGGCAGCGCAGGAAGAGGACACCAUGACCGAGGAGGCAGACGAGAUCAAAUCCCUCCAGGCUGCGCGACAGCGAGCCGCCGCGAAUGGCGUAAGCGACAAGCUCAGCUUUGGCAAAGCUGGUGGCUACGACCAAGGGAUCUACGGCUCCGGUUCAAAGCGCAGUGACUAUGUGCGCGAGCUGCCCAUGGAUGGGGAUGGUGUUAUCGAGGAUGACGGAGAAGACGACGAUGCAGGGGCCCGCCCGGCAAACCCUCUCGAUGCCUUCACUGCGCCUCAGCAUCUGCUCAACGAAUUUGCGAAUCACGAAGAAGACCCGCUCCAGGAUCGCGCAGCCCAACGCAUCAUAGCUAACCGACAGAGUGACUAUCACAAUCGGCGCUUCAAUCGCGAUGCAGGACCUGAAAAGGCCGUCGAUGCCUUCAGUGGUGAGGGUGCUGGGGCGGAAGGGGAAGGAUCGUUCCAACAGGCGAUGCGACAGGCCGAGUUGGAAAGGGAAGAGCAGCGAGUGCAAAGGAUCAUACAGGAGAGGCAGAAGGAGGGCCAAGAUGGUGGACACCAAGAAGACGAUGCAAAGCAGUCUGGUAAAGAAGAGGGGAGCAUAACGCCAAAAAUGAAGAGGAAGCGGAGAUGGGAUGUUGCUGGAGACAGCACCACCCCUGCCACUUCUUCCCACACGUCGCCUCCGCCAAGCUCGACGGACGAUGGGCCUUCCGCUCAGCCCCCCAAGAAGCGCAGAUCGAGAUGGGAUGAGACGCCAGCAGCUCCAGAGGGAGCACAGUCAGCAGAAGCAGCGACUGUAGGGGCGCCGGAUGCUAUGCCGGUGAAAGCGUCUCGCUGGGAUCAGACCCCAGCGGCCUCCACCAAUGGGUUCAGCGCAGUCGCAUCAAUAUCGACAACCCCAAUCGAUGGUACCUUCUAUUUUGACCCUCGCAACCGGUACAUGAGCGACGAAGAGCUCGACUCGAUCCUUCCCUCGGAAGGCUACAAGAUUGUCGAGCCUCCGGCCGACUACCAACCCGUCCGAUCAAACGCGCACAAGCUGAUGGCAACGCCGUUGCAGACCGGAGGUUUCAUGAUGCAGGACGAGACCGCAGCUCGUGCAGCACUAGAAGAUAUGAUUCCAGAAUUACCCACAGACAUCCCUGGCGUGGGCCAACUUGCAUUUUUCAAGAAGGAAGACCAGACCUACUUCAAGAAAAUCCUCAACCCCGAAGAAGACGAGACCGAGCUCAGUAUUGACGAACUCAAGGAGCGCAAGAUCAUGAGGCUUCUUCUCAAAAUCAAGAAUGGCAGCCCGCCCAUGCGAAAGUCAGCUCUCCGGCAAAUCACAGACAAGGCACGAGAAUUUGGUGCUGGCCCUCUUUUUGACAAGAUCUUGCCGCUGUUGAUGGAGCGGACACUCGAAGAUCAGGAAAGGCACUUGCUGGUCAAGGUCAUCGAUCGCAUCCUAUACAAGCUUGAUGAUUUGGUUCGACCCUAUGUCCAUCGCAUCCUCGUCGUUAUUGAGCCGCUCCUGAUCGACGAGGACUACUACGCGCGAGUCGAGGGCAGGGAGAUCAUCAGCAACCUCUCCAAAGCAGCUGGCCUUGCGCACAUGAUCAGCACGAUGCGACCUGAUAUCGACCAUGUAGACGAAUACGUGCGGAACACCACCGCUAGAGCCUUCUCGGUUGUCGCAUCCGCGCUCGGCAUUCCCGCGCUUUUACCCUUCCUACGAGCUGUCUGUCGAUCAAAAAAAAGCUGGCAAGCACGGCACACCGGUAUUCGCAUUGUUCAGCAGAUCGCCAUCAUGAUGGGCUGCGCAAUUCUGCCGCAUUUGAAGAAUUUGGUUGAUUGCGUCGAACCGGGCCUCGCAGACGAACAGCAGAAAGUCAAGACCAUGACAGCACUUGCGCUAGCUGCGCUUGCCGAAGCUGCUGCACCGUACGGUAUUGAAAGCUUUGAAAACGUCCUUAAGCCACUCUGGACGGGCAUUCGACAGCAUCGUGGCAAGGGCCUCGCAGCAUUUCUCAAGGCAAUCGGCUUCAUCAUUCCGCUCAUGGACUCAGACAACACUCUCUUCUUCGUCAAAGAAGUUACCCCCACCUUAAUCCGCGAAUUCCAAAGCGCUGACGAGGAGAUGAAGAAGAUCGUCCUCAAGGUUGUCAAGCAGUGUGCCGCGACGGACGGCGUCACGGGCGCCUACCUCAAGGAGGACAUGCUGCCGGAGUUCUUCAAGGCGUUCUGGGUGCGUCGCAUGGCACUCGACCGUCGCAACUACAAGCAAGUCGUCGAGACGACCGUCGAGUUAGCGCAGAAGACGGGCGUGUCAGAGAUUGUGGCCAGGAUCGUGAACGAGCUCAAAGAUGAGAGCGAGCCGUUCAGGAAGAUGGUGAUGGAGACGGUUCAAAAGGUCGUCGCAUCUCUCGGCGCGGCCGACAUUGACGAACGGCUCGAGGUACAGCUGAUCGAUGGCCUCAUUUAUGCAUUCCAAGAGCAAACGAUCGAAGACAAUGUCAUGCUCGAAGGCUUCGGCACGGUUGUCAAUGCGCUCGGCAUGCGCGUCAAACCGUACCUGACACAAAUUGUCUCGACAAUCCUUUGGCGGCUGGGGAACAAGAAUGCCAAGACGCGUCAGCAGGCGGCUGAUCUGACGACCAAGCUAUCCGUCGUCAUUAAACAGUGCGAGGAGGACCAGCUCCUCGCGCGCUUGGGCGUCGUUCUGUUUGAACAGCUCGGAGAAGAAUUCCCUGAAUCGCUUGCCAGCAUCAUCAGCGCCAUCACUGCGAUCGCCAACGUGGUCGGUAUGACGCAGAUGAAUCCGCCCAUCAAGGACUUGCUACCCCGCAUGACGCCCAUCUUGCGCAACAGACACGAGAAGGUGCAAGAGGCCUCGAUCAACCUCAUCGGGCGUAUUGCGGAUCGCGGUGCCGAAUUCGUCAGUGCCAGAGAAUGGAUGCGCAUCUGCUUUGAACUGCUCGACCUGCUCAAGGCGCACAAGAAAGCGAUCCGACGUGCUGCAGUCAAUAGUUUCGGUUACAUUGCCAAGGCUAUUGGCCCGCAGGAUGUGCUGCAGGUUCUGUUGACUAACUUGCGCGUGCAGGAGAGGCAAUCACGCGUCUGCUCCACUGUUGCCAUUGCGAUCGUCGCGGAGACCACGGGGCCGUUUACCACGAUUCCACAUCUGCUCAAUGAAUACCGCCAGCCAGAACUGAAUGUCCGUACCGGUGUGCUGAAGGCGCUCUCGUUCGUUUUCGAGUACAUCGGCGAGAUGGGCAAGGACUACGUCUACGCCAUCAUCGGAGCGCUUGAAGACGCAUUGACGGACCGUGACCACGUGCACCGGCAGACGUCAGCUUCGAUCGUGAAGCAUCUCGCGCUCGGCGUCGCAGGUCUCGGCCAGGAGGACUCGAUGCAGCACUUGCUCAACCUGCUCUGGCCAAACAUCUUUGAGACAUCGCCGCACGUGAUUGGCGCCGUGAUGGAAGCGAUCGAGGCGAUGCGCGUCGCGCUGGGGCCAGGCUACUUGUUCAACUAUACUCUGCAGGGCCUUUUCCACCCGGCGCGCAAGGUGCGAGAGGUGUACGCGCGCAUCUACAACACCAACUACCUUGGUGCGCAGGACGCCCUCGUUCCGUUCUACCCUUCCAUGGAGGAGUUCAGCGACGAGCGCAACGACUACAAGCGACACGAACUCUACGCCAUCCUGUGAUGCGAUAUCGCAUGUAAUGUACUAAUAGCUUUUACUAUCGUCAUCUACGAGCACGUCCAUU